AUGUGCGAGGAUCGAAAUGCGUUCGAAGAUUACUAUGAAUUGCAUCAUGCUCGAGUUACUUCAAGUGCAAAGAGCGACGUGAAGCUGAAUGUCAUUGGACUUGGCAUAGUGAAGCUGGUCGUCUGGACAGGGCACGCGUGGAUCAACGCUCGCCCGCGCGGCAUGACAGUGGAGAUUACGCGCAACGAGUGCGUGGAAAAGCGUGGAGGCACACCGGUAGCAACAGGUAGGAAGCAGGGCUUCCUACUGUACCUCAACGCUGACUAUGCUACGGAGUGCUGCCAUAUAGCCGAAGACGAGACUGAGGUAUGGCAUAGAAGACUGGACCCCGAGUCGUAUGGUACCCUGAAUGCCAUACUUACAGACGGAAGGAUCACGGGCGCGGCGACGAAAUCGAACGUUGCGUGUGACGUAUGCGCAACGUCAAAGCAAGUGCGCAAGUAA